GAAGCUACAUAAUUAUUAUAUUUGUGAUAUAGAAGUCAAAAAAUAUCUCUGUAGCAACAGUUAGGCAGCCAUGGACAUGGUUUUGUCUGUAUGGAUACAAUCAUAUAUGUUCUUCUAGAGUAUACCAACCAUAUAGCUUCUGUAAUUGAGAAUAAUCCUGGGUGGUCAUGCAUGGAAGUUAAUAAAUGAACUGAUUCAAGCUGAGAUUGGAUUAUGGUUAUAGACACAUAAUGUGAUAUUUUUCAUCGCUUAAGUUCAUCUCAGGUCAAUAUUGAUUCAUAACGAGCAUUACCCAGCAUGGAAUUCCUGAUUUAUCUGCUAAAAACUAAAGUUGGUCGAUCAAAUUUGGCAAGCAGGAUGUGCAAUAUGUGGUCUUAGAGUGUUUAUGACAUACAUAUUUAUAGCUUGUUUGGACGGGAUUCCGUGAAUUGGUGUCUUAAUAUUAGAUCAUCCAUGGCAGAGUUGGAGGAACAUCUUCUACCUAAGAGAGAAACUAAUUUGGAAGAAGAAGAAAUCAUUGAGGUAACAAGUAAUAAUUCACAUUCGAAAGAAUCAGACAGGCUGGAUUGUGAUGUGGAGUCACAAAAUGGCCGUGGAAUUGAAGUGCCUGCUCAUAUCUUGAGAUAUCUUUAUGUGGGUCAUUUUUUAGCUAGAUGGGGAGCAAGAAUGUGGGAAUUCUCAGUGGGGUUGUUCAUGUUAGAUGUAUGGCCAAGCUCCCUGCUUCUCCCUGCUGUGUAUGGUGUUGUGGAGACUGCCUCUGUUGCAAUUUUUGGCCCUAGUGUUGGUGAUUGGAUUGAUAGAACACAUUAUAUCAAGGUAUUAAAAGUUCUGGUGGGGCUCCAAAAUAUUUCCUUCAUUGUAGCUGGAGGAGCGGUAGCAGUAUUGCUGAUUUAUCCUAGUUCAACAACCAAAGAACUAAAUUUUAUUUUACUGGUCAGUCUUAUAAAUGCAAGUGGAGCUCUCGGUGCAUUAGCAAGUCUUGGAGCUGCUAUCUUGAUAGAGAGAGAUUGGGUUGUAGUGAUAUCUGAAGGUCAUUCACCUGACCUUCUUACUCAAAUGAAUGCAGUCACACGUCGAAUUGACCUUAGCUGCAAGUUGUUAGCACCUGUUGCUGCUGGAUUCGUUAUGAGUUAUGCGUCUAUGGCAACAUCUGCCAUUUGUCUAGUUCUUUGGAACGUAUUUUCUGUUGUCUUGGAAUAUUGGCUUUUAUCUUCUGUGUAUCAUGCCAUUCCCGCUUUGAAUCGAAGAACAGAGAAGGAGAAAAGGGGAGAAAAUGUUUCUUUUGAUGAGUCACUUGAUCAUGCAGGCAAGGAAACAAGCAUAGUUCAUUCAACUUCCAACGAAGAAAACACUUCACUCCAGGAGAAACUUGAAUUAAAAAGUUGGCGAAGAAAGCUAUUGCAAAAAUUUUUGCACAUUCCUACUGUGGAAGCAUGGCUAGUCUAUUUCCAGCAGGAUGUAGUGCUUGCAGGUUUUGCCCUAGCUAUGCUCUACUUUACUGUGCUCAGUUUUGGUACACUGAUGACAGCAGCUUUAAAAUGGAAGGGCAUCCAAUCAUAUGUGCUAGGUCUUGCUCGUGGAGUGAGUGCUGUUAUUGGUAUUUCUGCAACACUACUCUAUCCUAUAGUACAUUCUCAUCUGCAAUCACUCCGCACAGGACUUUGGUCUAUUUGGACUCAGUGGGGCAUUCUGAUAAUAUGCGUGGCUUCCAUUUGGGUUCAAAAUCAACUAGUAUCAGCUUGGAUGUUGAUGGGAGGAGUAGCUGCAUCUCGUUUGGGAUUAUGGAUGUUUGAUCUUUCUGUGGUACAGAUAAUGCAGGACUCUGUUCCAGAAUCAGAUCGUGGGGUGGUGGGAGGUGUUCAAAACUCUGUUCAAUCAUUCAUGGACUUGCUGACUUAUAUCAUGGGAAUCAUUGUCUCAGAUCCCAAGGAUUUCGGAGUGUUAGUAUUGGCCUCUUUCCUGUCAGUGACAUGUGCAGCAAUACUUUAUUCUAUUCAUACAUAUCAAGUCAGAAGACACCUUUUUCACUUUGAUCGCCUUUGUGCAAUGAUAGGGAUAAAAAAUCUACGUAGUUAGAGCUUCAAUGUGUGCGAUAUUGUGACUAUGAAAACUUUUUUUCCCUAUUUAAAAUUUUAUGUCAUCAUAAUUUAUGUUGUCAUUUCAAUAUUUAGUUUAAACUUUUGAAUUUAUCCUAUUGUUACAAAUUUUCUCUAUGCAAUCGAAGAGAUUUAUGGUGUGUGGAUGGACA